AUGAAGUCGCCAACGGGGCCAGCAGCGUUGCCGCCACGGCUAAGCAGGCUUGCGCAGCAGGCGCCUGGCAGUGGGGCAGUAAUCGCUGCCGCACGGGAUGACAGGCUGGCCGAGGCCGUGGGGUCAUCUGUCUCCACCAUGGAUUCCUCCUACACUGCUGAGGCUAGCGUCAGCAGCGAGCUCUCACCCUCGGGAAUCGUCACAACAAGCCCUGGCAUGCCUCAUGGUGUGCAGCUGCCCUACACAAUUUCUGAGGCGCUGCCGCCCAUCUCACCACCGGCGCCACAGCAGCAGCAGCUGCCUUUCGCCGCUCACCACACAAUGUCGCCCCCGCAGCAGCAGUACCAGCCCCAACCUCAACACCAGCCCCAAUAUCAACACCAGUACCAACUCCAGCAGCAUCAACAUCCACUCCAGCCUCAACACCAGCAGCUCACAACUUUGCAAGCUAGUACUUUGCCGCCGCAGCAGCAGCCCCAACAGCCACAAGCGUGGCAUACCUCCCUAGGGCCGAUUCUGACGACUCAGGAGCCUAUGGCCAGGGCGCAGGUAGCGGCGAUGGCGGCUGGCGGCCCCGGGCCCGGCCCUUCCGGUCCUGGCAACAGCACGGGACGCAGCAGGGAGAGCAGCGCUUCCAUGUGGGCUCCACCGCUGCCAAUAGCAGUUGGGGGAGUUGCAAGCGGUCACGGUGCCAUGCGUGCGUACGGCAUGCACUCCGACGGUGCAGCGGCAGCGGUCGCCAAACGCGCCGUCGCCGUCGCUGGGCCCCAUGCUGCUGCUGUGAACAUGCCCGUUGGGCCAGGCUUGCAUUCGGGCGGCUCACGAGGUUCGCGUGGACAUUCCCGCCAUGCGUCGUACGACAGCAUUGACGUAAACUCGAGGGACGGUGACGGCGUCAGCCAACGCGGUAACAGCGGGGGUGUCGGCGGCGGUGCUGCCGUGGACGCACGUGCAACACCGUUUGUGUUGUAUGGCGGCGGUGCCGCAGCCACCGCGCCGCCGCCACCGGCGCCGCUGCAGCGGAUUGCCGCCGACCCAACCUCUGACUUGUUGCAGCAGAAUUUGCAGCUCCAAAGGGAGUUGGAGCUCUUAAGACAGCAAGUGGCGCUAUUCACUCAAGUGACGGGGCUGGCCCCCGCCGCUCUUGCGGCUGCCGGCAUGUCGCCGACAAACACCCACGCCUACUCUGCACAGCAUCCCACCAUGCUAGCGCCGCCUCCGCAGCCUCAGCCGGCCCCACCCUCGACCCUGCAGCAGCAGCUGUCGCCGCCGGCGCAGCAGCAGCAGCAGCAGCAGCAGCAACAUCAACAACAACAAAUCUCAGCUGUCGCUAUGGCCGGUGUUGGCGGCGGCGCUGGCAGCUUGCCGCCACAUCCAGGCAGUGUUGCACCGCAGGCUGCCGCACUCUUCCGUAACGCAGCCGGGAGUCUUGCGGCUGUGGCAGGGCCAGGGGCUCCUCCAGGGCCCAUGUCAGCGCCGCCGUCGUCCAAUCGCCACAAGCGGUCUGCUUCGAUUGACGUGUCCUCCCUGAUUGCGACGCGGGACGGCAUAGGGCCCGCGAAGGACUACCUGGCGCCGGCGGCCUCACAGUCGCCGGCGGCUGCCAGCCAUGCGCCUCAGGGCCACCUGUCGCCAGAACGUCGGUCGCCCCUGGCGCGAGAUGGCGGCACAGGCACCGGCACUGGCACUGGCAAUUUCAUGAUGGGACAUAAGACCGCACCGCCGGCGUUGGAGGCCUUGCGCCAGAAUCACCCCGGCAUGUCGUUGGCCCAAGCGGCUUUGGCGGAGUUUGAGGAGGAGGUGUUGGAAGAGGGGUAUGAUGAGGACGACGAGGAGCCUGAAGACGACGAGGACGGCGACGGGGGGGAGAUGGAGCCGGCCGUGGACGAGUCGUUGAAUUCCGCAGCCGGCAUUGAUAGGCUGGGCUCCGUCAUCUUGUCUGUGGCCCUGCCGCUGGCGGCGCAGGGCUCCCUGCAUCGGCAGAUGUACGUGUCACAGCAGCAGCGGCCGCCGCUGACGAUGACGCCCACGCAGCCCCAGCAGCCCCAGCAGCAGGCACCAGCGGCGGGCUGCAGUCCUCCAAACCACAUUGGCCAUGUCCCAUACGAGCCACAGUACUCGAACGAGCCGUCUCUAAGUUCCAUUCCAUCUCCGACCAAAGACGGCCUGGUCCGCCCCAACUCCGAGACCUCCUACCCUUCGUCUACCAGUGGCAUGGGGAGUAGGGGUGGUGGAAAUACGUUGAAGGCAGAAGGCCGCUGCUCAAUCCUUCAGCAGCCCGUCCGGUGA